AUGGUAAAGCCAUCAACUUCCUCUGAGCUGGAACAAAUAUGUAAAGAUAAAGUUAUGUUGCAAACUUUAAGCGUAAAUGCAGAAGCAUUAUUUCCUACAUUUUCAGGAAAGAAUAUUUUAGUUGUAUAUAUCAACGAAUCCUUUGCUCUUGUUGCUUUGUAUAACUUUUUUCAUGAUGAGGGUGAACUGGAAAAAGAAAUUCUCAAAAUAAUAGAUAUCAGAGAUAUGCCGAUCUUUGAUGAAAUUGCUAAAAAUUAUGACUUGCCUCCCUUUUGCAUAGGAUCACCUAGUAUUGUCAAAUCCUCUAAUGAGACUGUAUCAUUAAUUAAAAAUGCAACAUCAGGUUACACACUGAAUGAGUUUUUUAGUGAAUCAUCUGAGCUACGCCUAGCAUUUUUUAUUCUAGAUAAUCGCUGUAGACCUGAUAUCAUAUUUUUUGUUAUAUUUGAAGAAGUUGAGGUUCUGGUCUUUGUUCAAGUGAAACUGCGUUAUUUAGUUAAAGCGAUUGUAGGAGCACUAAAUACAAUUAAUCCAAAAAUGUUCUACAAAGAUAAGAAUGGAGAUUUAUUUCAAAAAGAAUUAAACAAACCCAUCGUCAAAAAAAUAAAAUAA